UGGGUUCCGCACGCUAUGAGAGGGCUCUGGCUCACGCCAUGGAGGAGCUUCGAGCUGUGUGCCGGGCGCUGCAGUCGCGCCGCGUCCCUGACCACGGCUGGAAAGAGGCUAGAGCCUCUUCUCAGCCCGUGGCGCAGUGGCACCCGAGCUCCUGACAGGGGGCUGAGGCGACUCGGGACGUGGAGGCUCCGGAGCCAGGCGCGGGGCCUGGCUUUGCAGCCGCCCCGGCGGCCGAAGAGCACGAACCCGUUCGCGCGCGCGCAGGAGGAGGAAUGGCGGCGCCGCAACAAGACCGUCCUCACGUACAUGAGCGCGGCCGCCGUGGCCAUGCUGGGGGCGUCCUACGCCGCAGUGCCCCUUUAUCGGCUCUAUUGCCAGACUACUGGACUUGGAGGGUCAGCAGUAGCUGGCCAUGGAUCUGACCAGAUUGAAAACAUGGUGCCUGUUAAGGAUCGUAUUAUUAAAGUAACCUUUAAUGCAGAUGUGCAUGCAAGUCUCCAGUGGAACUUUAGACCUCAGCAAACGGAAAUAUAUGUAGUGCCAGGAGAGACAGCACUAGCAUUUUACAAAGCUAAGAAUCCUACUGACAAGCCAGUCAUCGGAAUUUCUACAUACAAUGUUGUACCAUUUGAAGCUGGACAGUAUUUCAAUAAAAUACAGUGCUUCUGUUUUGAAGAACAAAGGCUUAAUCCACAAGAGGAAGUAGACAUGCCAGUGUUUUUCUACAUUGAUCCUGAAUUUGCUGAAGAUCCAAAAAUGGUGAAUGUUGAUCUCAUCACUCUUUCUUAUACUUUUUUCGAAGCCAAAGAUGGGCAUAAAUUGCCAAUUCCGGGCUAUAAUUGAAGUCAGCAACUAAAUCUGCGUCAAUUUGUGAUUUUUGAAAAAUCAUGUAUCUGACUUCUCAGAGAAGAAAUAUUUCUACUAUGUUGUAUUUAAUUAUUAUGUACUGAUGAUGGUUCAGCUUGCUCCCUUCCAUGCCCCGACAUCUUAACCACACUUAAAAUCAAGAAAACAGGUUUAGCUUUUACCAUAAGGAACCCACUUAGAGUGCCUACUUAAGAGUGUUUGACUACCACCAAACUCAAGAGACUGAUAGUAGUAAAUGACUGUAUAGCUUUAAAUAUAUGUAUAUGGAGGCAUGGACUUAAUGGUACAGUUUAAUUCAUUAGAUUGCUUCCACAUUUUGGCCCUUCAUACUUGUAUCAUUUGAAUACUUAAUGUUUAUUUUUAUCUAUACUCCAGAACUUCUGAACAGGUUGAUUAUUAAAUCUCUAAAACCAUUGGUUGUUACUUGCCUUCAGGGUGAAUAGUCAUUAUUUUUAGAGCUUAACAUGGAAGAGGUGUGUUACUUGCCCAAAGAUUGCAUUUUUUCUUCAAAUUCUUAUUUGUUUUACUUUUAAGAUCUAGGACUGCUUUAUAUUGAUUGUACCAAGUAAAUAAUUAGGUUGAAAUUGUGAUACCAUGAAAUAUAUAUAUAUGAUUAACUGUGA